UGCUGCCAUCUGUCAACAGUACAGAUUAGAUAAGAUUAAUCUUUAUGUUGAUUUAUUACAAAUCGAAUAUUCAGUAACUUCAUGCGCUAUAAAUAAGAAAUAUUUCGACCUGUCAGCAAAAUGGGAAACUCUAUAAAGCCGCAAAUUCAAAAUGCAGAGAAAACAGGAGUAUGUCAGCUGUGUAACUGCGAUCUUUCGGAAUUUCCCAGAGAUCUGUUUUCAUUGAAGACAUUAAGGACCCUUGACAUUUCUGGCAACAAGAUAUCCACUAUACCUUCCAAUGUCGGUUUGUUUGUGCAUUUGAAGCAUCUUACUGCAAAUAAUAAUAAGAUAUCCCAGUUGCCCAAAGAAAUUGGAAAUUUGACGAAAUUGGAAUCUCUUUCCUUGAAUGGAAAUCGUCUAACAGCAUUGCCUUUGACUCUUUCUCAGCUUAAGAAUUUAAGAACAGUGUCAAUUUCUAAUAAUCAUUUAACCAAAUUUCCGAUUGUUUUUUGUGAUCUCCCUCAUUUAGACAUGCUUGAUUUAUCUCAUAAUAAAAUAACAGAGGUGCCUGAUGAUCUACAAAACUUAUUUGUUGCUGAACUAAAUUUGAAUCAGAAUCAGCUAUCUGAAUUGCCUGAAGCCAUUGCACAAUGCCCUCGUUUAAAAGUUUUAAGGGUUGAAGAAAAUUGUCUCCAAUUAUCAGCUAUUUCUCUAAAAAUCUUGACUGAUUCUUUAAUUUCUCUUUUGGCAGUAGAUGGAAAUCUUUUUGAAUUGAAAGAUUUGCAUAACAUGGAAGGUUAUGAAAAGGCGGUUUCCGAACAAAUGGCUCUCAGGAUCCUCAAAGAUUUUCACGAGUAUAAGUCUGAUCCGUCUCUCACCACCCCUCCUUUCAUUAUUGUCCUAGCCAAACCUAUGAUAGGACAUGAAAAAAAGGUUAUUUUAGUGUUUGCAGGGCUGAAAGAGGAGGGACUCUUAAAUGGUGAAGAACAUUUUUAA